AGAUGAGUUUUCAAGUCGACGCCCUUUUUUCGGAAAGAAAAGAGACGAGCAUUCGUGGAAUAUCGGUAUGGUAAGUGAGGAUUCUAACGUAAGAUGAUAUCUGACCGUGUUACUGUUAUUUUAACGAACGAGGUACAAGGUCUCGUACUCCUACGUACACAGAACUUCCUUUUCGACCGUCGUGAAAACACGAUACGGUGCAAAACAAAAAAAUCUCGGCUUGCACUUCAGUACAGCAUACUACUGCUGAGGUAUGUUUCAUUCAUGUUUAGUAAAUUCUCUUAGAAAUACCAACGACAACAAUCAAUCAGUAUCCAACUAUGAAAAUAACGUCAACACUACUUUACUCUUCACCAGGGGGUAGAAUUUUAGUACUCGGAAAGGGCGGAUACGACUCAAUUGGCGCAGUAGCGGCAUCUUUCCGCGAACGUAGGGCCACGAAUGAUUCCAAUUGUCGAGACGCGUUUUCCUUGACACAUCGGGCGAAUCAAACAACUCCAAUUUAUGGUCGUCAUCUAUCAUCAACAGGUAGGACAGACGCUAAAUCACGAGUAGAUAGUGAAUAACCCCAAUCUUUAUUCUGAAGUACGUAGCCGGUACGUACUUUGCACAUUUACCAGGGUACAGUACUGCUGUGAGGUAGUAGUACACACACCACAAUCACGAGUAGCGCGAUACGGUACGGUUGCAACCGAAGUUAGCAACGUCAAAAACGAAUAUUGAUUGGGUAGGUGAUACAGUAAGUGAUACUGUACUAGAUACUGUACUUCGUACUUCUACUUCAGUACAAUGAUAAAUGAAUUCAUCUGAACUACAGGUAUGAUCCUUAAGCAACGUAGAUAAGAAACAUACUAUUUUACCUGUUGGAAGUUACCGUACGUUGAGAGGUACUUACCGUAGGAACUCAUACGUAUGUACGAGGUACGAGUAUUUAGCUUCUUCUUGGCACGUAAUUUCUUCCUAAUUUUUAGACUCAGCAAACGAACACAUCACACUAGCGUUUCACAAACUUGAAACAGUCAACCAAACUUUGACAUCCAAUACGGCCUAUUCAUUCAUUCGAUUCAAGGUCCUCCAUUCCCGAGAAAGACGACGCAGAACAACGUAACUUGGUGAAAUCCUGCCUCCCACUCUAAAACGAUAAUGAUACGCUUCACACCCGCCCUUUUGUCGCUAGCGCUGAUGAUGGCCAUGAUGGGUCCAUUGGUGAAAGCAUUCGUCUUGGUCUUGCCAAAGAUAGGCAAUAGCCACCAGCACUGCUUUCAGGAACUGUCGUUGUCAUUGAGUUUGGCUUCAGAUGCCGGGAGCGAAUUGGAAAUGGGCAUGACACCGGAACUCAAACGAGUCACCGAUGCCUUUGCGUCUAUCGAACAAGAACAGGUUCGAUACAAACAGCUUUUGUACAUGGCCCAAACGACCGAGCAGGUCAACAACAUGCCAGAAUCUUCCAAGAUUCAGGAGAACAAGGUUCCGGGAUGCCUUUCUACUGUAUUCGUUGACGGUGAAGCGGUAUACGAUGAUGAAAUCGGAGACUAUGUGAUUAACUUUCAGGGAGACUCGGAUGGAUUGAUGACCAAGGGGUUGGUAGCACUGCUGGUCAGGUGAGUUGAGACCAGCUCUUUUGUACAGAUUGAUUUCGUUUUCGUUUGGUUCCGUCCCGAAUGAAAUCCUUUUUAGGCAUCAAAAUGAUUUUUGUCGAUGUCGUAGUCAAUUCUUUUCGGCGGACACAGAAUGAAUGCGAUGGAUGUCUGUAAAUGCAUUCGCUAGUAAACACAAUCGCAACAAUAUCUAACUGACUUCCGCAACCUUACGUCUUUCUUCGCCAGGUGCUUGUCGGGAAAUACUGCCGAAGCCAUCCAAAAAGUGGACCCGCAAUUUAUCAAGAUUGCCAGGAUCGAUCAAUCGCUGACCCCCGGUCGCAACAAUGGAUUUCUGAACAUGCUUCAAACCAUGAAAAACAAGGCGACGUCGCUAGACGAAGCGGUUCGAACGAGCGGAGCUUCGCCGGUGGAUGGCGACGACGCCGGAGAAGACGGUGCGGCGGCAGUGGUGGACGGAGACGAAGCGAACGGAUCCUCCACCAACCACGCGGCCAUUUUGGCGGCGCUUGGGGCACUCAAGCCUUCGUCGCUUACGGUGACGGACAAUUCGCCCGACGGCGAAGCGGAUACACGGUUUGUUGUGGAAAUCGUCGCACCGGCGUUCGAGGGAUUGAACGUGAUCAAACGACAACAACUCAUUUUUAUGAUUCUGGCAGACGUCAUGCCGGAAAUCCAGGACCUGCGGAUAGCAUCAAUGUUCACGCCAGAGGAGGCCGAAAAUCAAUAGCAAGAAUUCGGGAUGGCAUGCUUUCCGGACUGUUUGCUCUGUCGCGCUCUGUCGCACAACGUACGUCUCCUUUGUUAUCGUCGUUGCUCUUGCGCAAAGAAUCAUCUUAAUAGUGGAAGAGAAAUAUUACUUCUAUGACUAGCUUGUAUUCCACCCUCGAAUAUUCCUGCAAGGAGGCAGAACAAUGAAAAUAAUGCCGCAAGAACUAGCAACGUGUGUGUAUUUUAUUGUUUUGUUGCAAAUAUAGGCACAGCCUGAGG